UCAAGUGCUCUUCUCAGUUGGGCGACUCUUUCAACGACUCAUUCAGUACCUCUUCUCCUUCAUCAUUCUCCCUCCAUCUCCACCCUCUCUCAUAUUUUCAGGUGGUGUCAGACCAGCACAGGAUCUCAGCUCCUCACACACUGACCGGGAUUGCGCCGCUGCUAUGUCAGAUCUUGACGUACCAUCAGCUUGAGAUUCUUCUCUCGAAAGAAACUGAACAGUCUUAUGCUCCCAUCAUUCCUGCCUGUGAUUUCCAUAUGAGAUUCAGCAGCACCAGGCAGAACUGGCCUGGACCAUUGACUUUCAACUUCACUUAAGAACGAGGGAAAAAAAAUCCACGGACCGAAAAAGACUGUUAAGUACUUUAAGGACAAAAACACAGCCUUGUUUGUCUUGGAGCAGCUCUGGUGGCCUUUGCCAACAGCCAUGCAGGUGUCCUUUGCAUGUACGGACCACGGGCUGAAAGCCCCACGUAACGGUGAGCACAGCAAGCAGAACGCCACCAGCCCCAACACAGCCAGCCAGGCACGCGCCCGCUUCCGCACCGUGGCCCUGAUAGCUCGCAGCCUGGGCUCCUUCACCCACCGCUACCAUCACAACCUCAAGGAGUCCACCGCCAAGCUCACCGGAAUGAAGUACCGGAACCUGGGGAAAUCUGGGUUGCGUGUCUCCUGUCUAGGGCUUGGUACAUGGGUAACAUUUGGUGGUCAGAUCUCUGAUGAGGUGGCAGAGCAGCUGAUGACUAUUGCCUAUGAGAGCGGGGUCAACCUGUUCGACACAGCUGAAGUCUACUCCGGGGGGAAAGCUGAGAUAAUCCUAGGAAACAUCAUCAAGAAAAAGUGCUGGAGGAGAUCCAGCCUGGUGAUCACCACAAAGCUCUACUGGGGUGGAAAAGCAGAGACCGAGAGAGGCCUCAACAGAAAGCACAUCAUCGAAGGUUUAAAGGGCUCCCUCCAGAGGAUGCAGCUUGAAUACGUGGAUGUGGUUUUUGCCAACCGGCCAGACAGCAACACUCCCAUGGAGGAGAUAGUGAGAGCAAUGACACACGUUAUCAACCAGGGCAUGUCUAUGUACUGGGGGACAUCCCGGUGGUCCGCCAUGGAGAUCAUGGAAGCAUAUUCUGUGGCCAGGCAGUUUAAUCUAAUUCCACCAGUGUGUGAGCAGGCAGAGUAUCACUUCUUCCAGAGGGACAAAGUGGAAACUCAGCUGCCAGAGCUCUACCAUAAGAUAGGUGUGGGUGUCGUCUCUUGGUCCCCCUUGGCCUGUGGAAUCAUCACUGGGAAGUACGAGAACGGCGUCCCAGAGUCCUCCAGGGCUUCAAUGAAGCCAUAUCAAUGGUUGAGGGAGAAAAUAAUGAGUGAGGAUGGGAGGAAACAGCAAGCCAAGCUAAAGGAACUGGCUCACAUCGCGGAAAAGCUCGGUUGUACUUUGCCACAGCUAGCCAUAGCCUGGUGCCUGAGGAAUGAGGGAGUGAGCUCAGUGCUGCUGGGAUCCUCCAAUCCAAGCCAGCUAACAGAGAAUCUGGGAGCCAUUCAGGUAAUUCCAAAGAUGACAGCAGGCAUUGCCUCAGAAGUGGAUCAUAUACUGGGAAAUCGCCCUCACAAUAAAAAGGACUACCACCAUUAAAAUGGACCCUGUUUUAGUAAACUAUGCCUGAAAAGCUUCUCAAAGCUCACCUCUCACAGCCAUGGCACCAUAAGUGUGUGCCCAACUCUGCUUGUGUGCGCGUAUGACUGUAUGUAUGACAGUGUAAAAAUGCUCUGCUUGGCUCCUUGUCUGUAUGAAGACCAACCAGUACUCAUUAUUGUAGAGUGAGCUACUUGACAAAACAUGCAUGCUACAGCUGGCCAGUGGACAGAACAACAGUUAGAAGCUCCAGCAAGAUGAUGUCUGGAGUGAAAUUGUCUUCAAAACUGUGCAGACGCUGCUGAACGCCAAAUUUAAAGAAGCUAAGGAUUAGAUCAUGGAGAAAUUGAUUCCUCAAGCUCAUGCUGAUUGACACUAACAUGAGCCAGUUAGUGAACUACCAUGAUUAUCUGAGUAAGUGUCAUUGCAUCACUUAAAGAAAACUUCAGAGGUACUUCCUGUCCACAAAGUAUCACAUGAGCUUUAGGCAGUGCAGUAAAUCCAUGAAAAAGAUGCGGUGUAUCAAAAUGUACGCAGUGCUCCAGAAAUCUACCUUACUAGAUGUUUAUGGCGUAAGAAAAAGAAAUGAGUGAUCUCAGCAGACUGGAUGAUAUGCGAACACUUCCCAUUGCAGCUGGAGCUGACCUGUCAACGUGAUGAAUCGUUUCAUUGCUGGAGGAACUGAAAUUCUGCUCACAAUGCUGUUGCUAAUACCAAGAGAGCUAAGUUAAACUAUAAUAUGUUGCAAAACAUCUGUUCUGACUGUUAUAUAUUUUCCUUAUUAAGCAGCUAUGACAGAAUGAGCUUUUCAUCUCCUCGUGUUGUAUCUUCUUUCUGUGUCACUUAUGCAAAAGUACAGCAUAGUGUACUCCCUAUUAUGGUCUCUCUACCCCUUUUCUUUUGGACUACGCCAGACUUUCUGUCAGUAAUGAUAUUGUCUGAUUCAUUUAAUUUCAGUCUUUGUUGUGGCUGAAACAUUUGGCCUCCUAAGGGGGUGCUUGUGGAUGAAAAAACAAAGCCAUGUAGCUGAUGAAGAGACUCAGAAAAUAAAAUAAAAUAAAAUAAAACCAUAUGGACCCCUGCAGUCAUUGCACCUGGAACACGCUGAAAUUUUAACUCAACUUCUCCCAGAUUCCGGUGUUACAUCUUGAGAUGAUCUGUGUUAUGUUCUGUCUGUUCAAACAUGUAUUUCGGUGUUAUUCAUUAGAUUUGUACAUAGAAAUAAAGAACUUAUAAUUCUCAUGUGAUAUGUUUUAAAGAUCUAUAGUCAUUUUCUAUAAGUGUUAUGGAGGCCUUCUAAUUUUUCGGCCCUUAUGAACUGAAAUAACAAAGCUAGAGUAGACUUAUUGUUGGCUGAACUACAUUGUA